CACCGAAUUGGACAAUAUCAACAAAGCAAGACCAACAACAAAAGAAGCACCAACUGGACAAUGCCAUCCAUGCAAGAAAAAACACCAACCAGCGAGAAAAGCACCAAACAGGGCAAAGCAACAAUUGGACGACACCAACGACGCAAGGCACCAGUCCACCGAACAGAACACACCAAAUAGUGAAAAAGAAAGGAUACCAACUGAUGAAAGGAGUAUUGAACUGGACGACACCAACGACGAACCUACUACCCUAAAAGAGAAUAAAUAUGAGUGUUAA